AUGACGAGCUUCGACAACGUAGAGCUGCGGUUGUUCGAUGAGUCGUCAUUCACUUGUCGGACUUUGGGAACCAUUCUCACACUUAACGUUGAUAGCUCCAAACUAGUGUUCUUCAGACAAUCUGAGGUACUCAAAGAGAUUUCUCUCGGGUCGAAUGUAUUUAUUUCUCGGGUCUCUCUGAAAGUAGCCUCUGUCACCGUGAAAAAGGAGAAGUAUGCAAAGGCGCCAACAUCUUAUUUUGUUGGGUUCGAUUCCCUCAAGGACAUAUUGAAGUUCAUGAGUUGUGCAAAAUCAAGUGAUUCCGAUGUUUCAGGUGCCGUGGUUGACUUGGGCGUCUCAUCUUUCGAUAAAAGGACUGAUUCCUGGUCAGCCGUUCAGUAUUUUCAGUUCUACAGCUAUUUGAGCCAGCAGCAGAACAUGAUGCAGGACUUCAUCCGAACUUCCACAUAUCAGCGCGCAAUAUUGGCUAACUCAUCCGUCGAUUUCCAAGGGAAGGUUGUUUUGGACGUCGGCGCCGGGUCGGGUAUACUCAGCUUUUUCGCAAUUCAUGCCGGUGCUGCCAGAGUGUAUGCUGUAGAGGCGUCUAACAUGGCCGGACACUGUAAUACUCUGGUUCAGGCGAACAAAUUGGCCGGAAGAAUAGUGGUGAUCAGUGGCAAGAUAGAGGAGAUCACACUGCCGGAACCUGUUGACAUCAUUAUUUCCGAACCGAUGGGUUAUAUGCUUUAUAACGAACGCAUGUUGGAGACCUACGUCCAUGCACGUAAAUUCCUCGCCCCGCACCUCCGACAACCGAUUCAGUCAACAAAACAUUCAGCCUCUAGGAAACCAAAAGUAACGAACCGGAUAGACCAUUCCGACAAGAUGGAUGGCGACCAACUCUCGGGUGAUGAUGACGACGACGAAGAUCUUGAUGAUUUUUCCAAUUCCGCUGAAUCCGACUGUUUUUCCAAUGAUGACCUUAAACAAGAAGGUGUUGACGGGGAGCUGGACACACCUGAAGAUGAUGGAGUUAAGCGGUCGAACCGUGCUAUCACCUCUCCUGGCAUCAUGUUUCCCACCGUGGCCAAUUUGUACAUUGUGCCGUUCUUUGACGAGGCUCUGUUUGCUGAACAGUGUUCCAAAGCAAACUUUUGGUACCAGCAGUGUUUCCACGGCAUGGAUCUCACCGCGCUGAGAAACGCAGCAAUGUCAGAAUAUUUCAGCCAACCGGUGGUGGACACGUUCGAUAUUGGUCUCUGUCCUGCAGUGCCCUGUGUACAUAAAGUUGACUUUCGAACAGUUUCGGAAGGGCAGCUUGCCAAUAUCGACAUUCCAGUGCAUUUCCAAAUUUCAACCAGCUGCACGAUCCAUGGUCUAGCUUUCUGGUUUGACGUUGGUUUCCUCGGAUCUCAACAGGAAGUGUGGCUGUCGACCUCCCCAACCGAACCACUGACCCACUGGUAUCAGGUUCGCUGCUUGCUCGGCACGCCGCUGUUCGUCCAACAGGGACAAGCUUUGAAUGGUCACGUAUCCAUGCAGGCCAAUUCAAGACAGUCCUAUGACGUGCAAAUCGAGCUCAUUGUGCCAGGAAGUCAGACCAGGAUAACGAACAAACUGGAUUUAAAGAAUCCACACUUCCGUUACAACGGUUAUCCGCCCGCCCCUCCUCCCGGUUCGCACACGCGGUCGCCAACUGAGACCUACUAUGCUAAUCUGUGUAUCCAACAACAGCAACAGCCACUUCAGGUGCAAACUCCACAAGCCACUACAUGGACAAUCCCUGUUGGAACGGCAGUCGGAACUUCGGUACCCGCAGGCUCCCUGGUAGUGAACGCCACGCACACGACUAGCUCUGUCCCGUCUGUCGGUGGCAAUGUGGCGGAACAACAAUCCAUGCAAUUAUCCCCUCAACCACUGGUUCCUCCCGCAUCUGCACACGGAAUCCUCGGUUCUACUCCGGCCCCCGGACAGCAGCAACAGUCAUCUUUAGCGGGCGCACCUUCUAUCGAAUCCAGCUGCGCGGCAGGACUAGCCACUGGGAUCUUCUUCAAUCCGACCAACACUGCGCUCAUGACCGGUGUUGAUGAUGGGUCCCCGGGAUUAAUUCCUAUCGGGCACUCGACAAACGGAUGGCGACCAGGGACAUUCGCUAUCGAGUAACGCCCCAUUUCAACAGUGGUGCGUCUGAGAACCUGUCCUGCUAUUUGCCGAAUCCCGUCCAGACGAAGGAGUGUACCGUUUCCGUUUUUACUUAUAUCGGGGGCAAUAACUGCGUUGCUUCCUCCCUUUUAAAACACGUGGUCUUUUCCACACUUGCUCUUAUCAUGUGCCCCCCAUUCCGUGUCUCCCCCCCUAUUCACCGGUACGGUAAGGUUCACUGUUCCCUUGCUUGAUUCUCCUGUUCCGCUGCCUCAGGUUGCUUGCGCUCCGGAGCAUACUGAUCUUCGAUUGUAUUCAAUGGUAAACUAUUUAGUCCCGGUAUCGUAGUGAUCGAUUGUCAUCGUUUCUCCCUUUUCCAGACGCACACACGCUUGCCUCGUUCCGUUCCGUUCUCAUGUAUGUUCAUCUACCCCAUGUUUGCCUCCACCCCCUCACCCCCAGCGUAGCCCAACCGUUUUGGGCUGAUUUUCGCUAAUCCCGCACAUUUAUUGGGACUGUGCAUUCUAAGAUUAUGGAUAAAUCUGGCAAAAAUGAAGUUGAAUUUCCG